CUCACACAGAGGAGGGUCUCGCGCUGCAGCAGCUCAUGUCCAGCGCGCGAGCCCAGCACACCUUCAGCGAGACGCGUGCCGGAAGUGGGCGGGGCAUGGGCCGCGAGGGGGCGUGUCCACACAAACUGGGCUCGGCCAAUCAGCUGCGGCGCCUGCUCUACAUCCUGGUCCCCGCUCUGAGUCUGCUGACCGCUGUGCUGCUGCUGGCUCUGGCCCUGACAGGGAUGUUGGGCAGUGGUCUUUUGACCUCGAGUCCUCUUCCGUCGGCGAAGCCUUUAACCGAAGAUGACGUCACGACAACAAACCCCGCCCCCUUCGCCACUAACCAAACCCUCAUCACCCAAUCAACAACGAGCGCCGCUACUUCAGCUGCUGUGAUUGGACCCGACACACCCGAGACCACGCCCCCUCCCACAGAGCCGCCUCCUGAUUGGCUGACCACAGUGACAUCACUCAGCACAAUAUCUUCACUGAGCUACUACACCACGUCUGCACCGGCUUCAGAAAAUGAGAGCUGUCAGCUGAUCUCGGAGCCGCAGUGUCACAUGUUGCCGUACAAUCAAACAUGGCUGACGUCUCCGCUCAACGUCGUCAAGAGCUCCGAGGUGGACAUGCUGCUCAGGUUCUUCAGUUACCUGAGCCGGCUCUCGUGCUACAGACACAUCAUGCUGUUCGGCUGCUCUCUGGCUCUGCCCCAGUGUUUCCACCAUGAGGACCACAGGCGUCUGGUCCUUCCGUGCGAAUCGUUCUGCGAGGCGGCUCGUCUCGGCUGCGAGCCUGUUCUCCACAUGUUCAACGCCUCCUGGCCCGACUUCCUCCGCUGCUCCCAGUUCAGCUCCUCCUCUUCCUCUUCCUCCUCCCCCUCCUCUUCUCCUCCCUCCUCCUCUACCCCUCCUCCGCCCUCCUCUUCAUCACUGCUACCUCCGUCGUCACCGUCCGCCGGCCCCGUCUGCUACUCGCCGCGAAAUAUCAAAGGUAAAGCGUCGGUGUGCGGCGGUAAGGACCACUUCCUGUGCUCCAGCGGGAUCUGCGUCCCUCAGAAACUGGUCUGUAACGGAUUUAACGACUGUGACGACUGGAGCGACGAGGCGGCCUGUGAGUGUGCAGACUGGGAGUUCCGCUGCUCCACAGGCCGAUGUGUUCCUCCUGUUUUAGUUUGUGACGGAUUUGACGACUGUGGAGACCUCAGCGACGAGAUGAGCUGCGAGUGUGACGUGAGUCUGCAGCACAGAUGUGGAGACGGACGCUGUGUUUCCAAAGACUGGAUCUGUGACGGAGACUUCGACUGUGCCGACAAGAGCGACGAGCACAACUGCUCGUGUAAGAGUCAGGGUCUGCUGGAGUGUCGUAACGGCCAGUGCAUCCCUUCGGCCUUUCGCUGCGAUGGAGAAAACGACUGUAAAGACGGCAGCGACGAGGAGCAGUGCAGCCGCGAGCAGACCCCGGCGACGUCAUGUCCUCCCGGUCAGUCCGGCUGUAGCUCCGCCCCCUGCUCUCUCUGUGGUGGGAACGAGUCAUGUGACCACCGCCUCAACGCCACGACGCUCAGCCACAAUCAAACCAACCGCCACGGCAACCACUGCUCUCAGUGUGAGCCCAUAUCCCUGGAGCUGUGUUUGAAUUUGCCGUAUAACUUCACCAUAUUCCCAAACUUCCUGGGUCAUCAUUCCCAGCGGGAGUCCGCGGUUUCGUGGGAGGCGUCUCUGUUCCCGGCUCUGGUCCAGACCGGCUGCUUCCCGUUCCUCAUGUUCUACGCCUGCAGCCUCCUGGUGCCCAAGUGCGACGCUGCGACGGCCCAGAGAGUCCCCCCCUGCAGGUCUUUGUGUCGCGGGGCAAAGGAUCGUUGUGAGUCUGUCCUGGGGAUCGUGGGUCUGCAGUGGCCCGAGGACUCAGACUGUUCCCAGUUUCCUGAAGAGGAUGAGGGCGCCCCCUGCCUGCUGCCAGAGGACGGCACUGACGAGUGCUCUCCCAGUCACUUCAAAUGCCGCUCAGGACGUUGUGUUCUGGCCACCAAACGCUGCGAUGGACAUUUAGACUGCGACGACCAGAGCGACGAGGACCACUGUGGUUGCUCUGAGCGCGCUCUGUGGGAGUGCCCUGGCAGCUCCGUCUGUAUAAAACCCUCUAUGAUCUGUGACGGUAUCCCAGACUGCCCCCUACAGCUCGACGAGGCCAACUGCACCGUGUGCAGCGACAACGAGCUCUCCUGUAACAAUCACGAGUGUGUCCAUCGAACCCUGUGGUGUGACGGCAAACAGCACUGCUCCGACAGCUCCGACGAGUGGGACUGUGUCUCUCUGGAGGACCGGUCCGGGCCGGUCCUGACUGUUCUUCGGUCCGGGGCAGAGUACCAGGUCUGUGCAGACGAGUGGAGCCAGGACCUGAGUGACCUCACCUGUCGACAGCUCGGGCUAGGAGCUCCCUCCUCAGUGACUGAAGUCCCGGACCAGGCCGGAGUCCAGGGCCGUCGCCGUUGGUUACACGUUCAUCCGGAGGUCGGCCAAAGAAACUCCACAGCCCUGCAGGGACGACUGGAGAAGAGGAGUCACGCGUGUCACUCCCGGAGGAGGGUUUCCGUGCUGUGCUCCAGAGAAGACUGUGGGCGUCGUCCUGCGCUGGGCGGGGCCUCAGUGCAUCACCGACACAAGAGGAUUGUGGGAGAUAGAGUUUUUCCUCACAGACACAACAUCUCUCACCACACACACAAGAGGACGGAAACCCACAGACACAACAGCAGCAGAACUGACGUGACGCCGCCCCGGAGGAUUGUGGGAGCUGUAGUCCACAGACAGAAGCGUAUCCUGGGGGGGCGUGUCUCUCGUGUGGGGGCGUGGCCGUGGCAGUGCUCCUUGCAGAGUGGAGCGAGCGGCCAUGUUUGUGGGUGUGUCCUGAUCGGGAGGAGGUGGGCCCUGACGGUGGCGCACUGCUUUGAAGGACGAGAGAGUGCAGAGCUGUGGAAGGUGGUCCUGGGCCUGAAUAACCUGGACCAUCCCGGGAUCCUGAGCCAGACCAGAGGAGUCCGGACCAUCGUAGUCCACCCGAGGUACAACAGGGCCGUGGUGGACUACGACAUCAGCGUGGUGCAACUGGAGACCGAGGUGGAGGAGACUGCGUUCGUGCGUCCUGUGUGCUUGCCCGCGAUUGGCCAGCUCCCGUCACCUGACUCGUACUGUUACAUCACGGGAUGGGGUCACAUGGGGAACCGCAUGCCCUUUAAGCUCCAGGAGGGGGCAGUGCGGAUCAUCUCUAUGUCCCAGUGUCAGUCCUACUUUGACUCCAAAACUAUCACUCCCAGAAUGCUUUGCGCUGGAUAUGACGCAGGCACCGUGGACUCCUGUAUGGGGGACAGCGGGGGUCCUCUGGUGUGUGAGGACCCCUCUGGACGCUGGACCUUGUUCGGACUCACCUCUUGGGGCUCAGUCUGUUUCAGUAAAGUUCUGGGUCCUGGAGUUUACAGCAACGUCACCCACUUCACCCAAUGGAUCCAACGACAAAUCUAUAUACACACGUUUAUAAAGGACUAGACCAGGACUAGACCAGGACUGGACCAGGACUAGACCA